UCUGCUUUUGGUGAGAGUUAUGUUACAAUUCCUCAUCCUUCUAACCAUUGGUCUACUGUGGAUGGACAUUUUACCCAGACUCGAAACGAAGGCUAAGACAGCAUCCCAUUACCGAGGGCUGGCACCUCAACGUUUUACUGGCUGGGCUGGCAGCCAUGCAAACGUCACCGAUGGGAAAAGUUCAGGCCGCACCAUCAUGACGACAAAAGACACUUUCAACAGGUUUGGUGAAAUAAGCGAGUUCACGUCGGCGUCUGAGGAGCACUGUAGGUAUAAGAUUCAACUGUACGAUGUACGAGGUGCUCUGGUCAAAGGAAAAGGUAACAGCUUUCAUUUCAAUCGCAUUUUGAAGAAUUUAACAGCCGGCGUUCCGUGUGACAGGAACUGCACUGUUGAGGUUGUUUUUGGUAACGAGAAAAAUAACUUCACAGGAAUGGACGCUGUCGUCUUCCACAUCUUUAUGAACUCAGUUCCAUCUCACGGUCUUCCUGCUGUCAUGAACCCCGACCAGGCUUGGGUGUUUUGCUCGUGGGAGUCACCACGCACCUCAGUUUUUCCGGGAAGAAAGGAGCCCAAGCUGACGGGUUUAACUGCCAACGCUGUGUGGACCUACCAUCGGGCAUCAGAGAUUACGACCCCGUACGGAUUCUACAAGCCCGGGGUACCAAUGACACAUGAGGCAAAAACGUCCGAUGAGUGGGUGCAAGGAAAGACGAAGGUAGCUCUUUGGGUCGCUAGUAACUGUGGAGUCACUUCCUGGCCAAGGUUAAGCUUUGUCAGAAAGCUACAGAGGUAUAUUCCACUUGACAUCUACGGACGCUGCGGAAAUCUUACCUGUCGACCCCGCACGUCCCCCAAAUGCACCGUGGACCUGGUGCGAAAGUACAAAUUCUAUCUGGCCUUGGAGAACUCUGAAUGCGAGGACUACAUCACGGAAAAAGCCUGGGAAAAACCUCUCAUGCAGGGCGUGGUCCCCAUCGUGUACGGUGCUCGACGGGAAGACUACGAAAACUUACUCCCUCCAAAUUCCUUUAUCUAUGUCGGAGAUUUCAAAGAUAUGGAGAAACUGGCAGAUUAUUUGAAAAUGUUGGACCGUCAUCCAGAUUUGUACUCCAAAUACUUUGAAUGGCGGUAUAAAGGCAACGUAAUCUACACUGGAGCAAUGUAUAAGACGUUUGACCCGUCUAGAUUAUGCCAUCUCAUACCUGUCAUUGAGAAAGUGCGCAGAGGCGAGUUGCAACGAAAACCAGUUCUUUCUAGCGAUUUCUUUCAAACGUGUCGCAAAGAGCCAUUUUUGGGCAAAGGGCUACGUUGGGAUCCUUGGUAAGUGUGUUCAGUAUGCUGGACACAUACUGUGGGAUAGUACACGUGCAGUCCAUAAGAACGAUACAGUGAUGCACCAUGGUCCUUUAACACCCAGUGUCUACCACAUAAAGCAAACUAGACAUUUGACACGAAAGUUGGUCAAUGGAUUUCUUGUAAUAUUGUUGCCCUCCCAAAUAUUCGCAGCACUUUUUUGUCAGUCUUUUUUUUCAACCAUCAUGAGAAUAUCAGAAUUAGCUUAUCGGAAAACAAUAAUGGGCGAUUCGUUUUAUACAUGUAGUGCCCCACCAAGGGGAUUGUCACAGAGAGGCCAUUUUUCAAGUUUCAGGUCGUGGCUAACUUCCUGCAAUUUUCUUU